AUGGUGCAUGCAGUCGUGUUGUUUGUUUGUCUAUAUUUGGCGAUCCUUCAGGUCAGUACCGGAGCAGAAACCGUGCAACCUUACUUACUGGAUCCGCAAUGUGCCAAGGAAGUCAAUGUCCAUGUGAUUAAUGGUCAAAAUGCCAAUAUACUCUCCAAUCCGUGGAUGGCGCAAAUAAUUGAAGGAAAAAACUUCAUUUGCGGAGGCUCUCUCAUAACCAGUCGAUAUGUACUAACGGCAGCGCAUUGUCGGGGCAAAACCAACCAGAGAUUAAAAAUCCGCUUGGGUGACUACAACAUAGGCACACAAUUCGAUUGCACAAAUGAUGGCUGCAUUCCCAGGCCACAGGAGUACACGGUGAGCCAGACAUUUGUCCAUAGAUCCUUUGUGGAGUACCACAAGUAUGACUUGGCUCUCAUGAGACUGAAUGUGGCAGUGUCCUAUGGAGUCCACAUUAGGCCGGUGUGCAUGCUCUUGGGAGGCAAUUCCAAUUGGCGUUGGAAUCUAGUGCAGAGUAUUCCCAGUUUCAAUGUCACCGGCUGGGGUCGUACGGCCAGCACAGUAGUUAGUUUCCCCCUGCAGCAGAUCGAGUUGCAACACUACGAUAAUAGUCAGUGCAUCAGGACCUUCUCCCGGCAACUGGAUCACACCCACAUCUGUGCGGGUCAACCCUAUAGUUUCACCUGCAACGGCGACUCCGGAGGACCCUUGACUGCUAAAGCACCGACUGCAGCUGGAAACCACAUUAUUUUAUUUGGUGUGGUUAGUUAUGGCUUUAAUCAAUGCAAUGGACCCACUGUCUUUACGAAUGUGCUACCCUACACCAAUUGGAUACUGUGGCACAUAAACCAUUAUCCAUAA